AAGGAAAAUAAAUUCAACCCUCGGUGACGUCAACAAAGAUGGCGGCGCCCAGGAUAGUGUCAUGCUGACCUGUGGGCUACUACAUUUAGCGUUUAGUUUCAGGUAGAUUAUGUCUCUUUUUUAAUCGGUUGACGCCAUGUUGUCAUUAAAGGUUUCCAGAGGGAAGGUCCGGUGUCUGGUCUCUCUGAGCAGGAGAUUCUCCACCGACCAGGACGGAGCUCACCGCCCUCCGCCCGAAACCAGCGCUCCUCUCCCGGACAGCGAGCCGCCCGAGCCGGAGUGGAGACCCCGGAAAGACCCCAGCGGCUGCUCCGUGCUCCUCUUCCCCGGCCAGGGCAGCCAGUUUGUGGGCAUGGGGAGAGGGCUCCUGAAGUACCCCAACGUUAAAGACAUGUUCUCCGUGGCCCAGAAGAUCCUCGGGUACGACCUGCUGUCUCUGUGUCUGCAGGGACCCGAGGAGGAGCUGAGCAGGACGGUGCACUGUCAGCCGGCCGUGUUCGUCACCUCACUGGCCGCGGUGGAGAGGCUCAACCACGACAACCCCAAGGCCAUUGAGACGUGUGUUGCUGCUGCAGGUUUCAGCGUCGGAGAAUUUGCUGCCCUGGUUUUUUCUGGUGCAAUGGACUAUGCUGAAGCUCUGUAUGCGGUGAAGGUUCGCGCAGAGGCCAUGCAGAAAGCAUCCGAGCUGGUUCCUAGUGGGAUGCUGUCGGUCAUCGGUAGACCUCAGGCCCAGUAUAAACAUGCAUGUGUGCAGGCUAAAGAGCACUGCAAGAGCCUGGGGGUCGAAACGGCGGUGUGCUCCGUGGCCAACUAUCUAUUCCCUGAUGGCAGAGUCAUCGCAGGGCACCAAAAGGCUCUGGAUUUCCUGCAGCAGAACUCGCGACGUCUCCAGUUCGUGAGGACCAAACCUCUCCCAGUCAGCGGGGCUUUUCACACCGAGCUGAUGGCGUCGGCUACUGAACCCCUCAGAGAGGUGCUCAGACAGGUGAAGGUGCGUCGCCCCGAGAUCAACGUCUACUCCAACGUGGACGGCAAACGCUACAUGAAUGAGAGCCACGUGCGCCGGCAGCUGGUGAAGCAGCUGGUGUCGCCCGUGAAGUGGGAGCAAACUCUGCACGAGAUCUACGAGAGGACGCAGGGAAAGAAGUUCCCCCACACCUACGAGGUCGGCCCGGGAAAGCAGCUCGGUGCCACGCUUCAGAAGUGUAACAGGAAGGCGUUCUUAACGUACGCACACGUGGAAGUCACCGCGGAUGAAGACUAAUAAAGCAACAAUAAAUGGGCCUCGGUGCUCAUUGGACAUUACCAGCAAGACCAUUUAAACCUGCAAGCUCCUGUGGUUGCUUCUUAAGGUCUUGUGUUAUUAUUAUGUAAUUAAAUAUUUUUUAUUAA